UGAUGGAGGAGGAAGCACAGAAACUAAAGGAAGAGAAUACUGAGAAAGAGAAACUUAUCCAGCAGCUCCAGGAACAGAUCCACAGCAUGUCUGCAGUGGGUGGAGUGACUCCUGCUCCAAGACUCUCUGAGCUGAGGGUUGUGGUGGUGGGGAAGGCUGGAGUGGGGAAGAGUGCAGCAGGAAACACCAUCCUGGGGAGAGAGGAGUUUGAAUCUAAACCUGGCCCAUCGUCAACAACCCGGCGUUGUCAGAGAGCAAAAGGAGAGGUGGAUGGGAGAAGGGUUUCAGUGGUUGACACUCCAGGGUUACUUAGCGCAGACAUCUCUAAGAAGAAAGUCAUUGGUGAGAUUAAAAGGAUUAUCCCCCUGUCUGCCCCGGGACCCCAUGUGUUCUUGCUUGUCUUUCAGCUGGGGGCAGUUACUGAGGAAGAGAGAGCGAUGGUGGAGAUGAUUCAGAUCACUUUUGGUGAGAAUGCUCUAAAAUAUUCAAUGGUGUUGUUCACACACGGAGAUGAUCUUGCACAUAUCAGUAUAGAGAAUUAUCUGCAGCACAUCCCUGAGCUUCAGGAGCUCAUCAGUUGCUGCCAUGGUGGAUAUCACGUGUUCAACUGUGAAAAUAUGGCUGACCGCGCUCAGGUCACAGAGCUGCUGGAGAAGAUUGACAGGAUGGUGGAGAGGAAUGGAGGAGGCCACUACACCAGUGAGAUAUUCCAGGAGAGGAGCAUAGAAAACUGUCGCUUAAUGUGAAAGGUAUGAAGUGCAAAUCAUCACCGUGAAAAGAUAAUAAGCUACAGGACUGAUGCAGAGUAAAUCAGAACUGGAUGUAUGAGGCCAUCCUGCUAUGAGUUGCUGGGUCUCAUCUCUCAUGGUCAGUCAACCUGCUGAAAUCUGAAGAAAGAAAAAAAAAUCACAAACCAACACUGGUACUAUGACCCAUGCCCAAACGUCUAGAAUUAAAAUUCAAACCAGAGAGGGGGUGGAAUAGCAGCAUCAUCUGAACAGGUGAAUUCUGAGCCCGUGCAGGAAACUUGGCAGCUUUCCUUUUGUCAAAUGGGAAAGCAUUGAUCACAUGUUUUGAAAAAACUUUUUAAAGACAGGCCCAUAUCAUAAAGGUAACAAAUAUUCACCUCAGUAUUUGAAUCUGUUCAGCAACAGCCAAGAGAGGGUGGUGGAAGAGGGGUGGCAGACUGAACGAUUGAUGUGAUUGACACAGCCUUCUCUCGUCAGGAAGUCACUAAUGAGAUGAGAUUACACAACAUUUCUCUGUCUCAGAACCCCGUGUGUUUCUGUUGGCCCUCGAUGUGAAGAGAUUCUCCUGAGGGGAGACAAAGAUGCUGCUGAUGAUUUUCACUGAAAGAGCUUUAAGAUGCAGUUGCUCUGGAUAAGAGCAUCUUCUAAAUGGCAAAAUAUAAUGGUGCUGCUCACACAUGGAGAUGGACUGUAUCUGUCUGACCGUAUCUGUAAAAUUGGUAUAGAGGAGUACCUGCAGCAAAGGAAAU